AUGUUGAUAAAAUUUAAACUCAAACAAGAAAACAUGGAUGGCUUCAAAACCCCCUUAAAAAAUAAGAAAUUACUCAAUUCCACAAUACGAAUUCCUCCAUCACCACAAAUGAAAAAAAUAGGUUUUGGAUCAGGUAUAGCAGUUUACGAAUUCGAACGGUCCCCGGGCAAGUCCCGUUCCCCUUGGGCCGUGAAAAAAAUGAUCAAAAGCCGCAGGGGCCAGGACUUCUCCAGCGAGAUCAACGAGAGACUGCUCUCCGAAGCCGAAGUUCUGCGUAAACUAGACCAUCCGAACAUCAUCGGUUUCAGGGCGUCCUUCAAGGAUAAAAACGGACUGAGCGUUCUAGCAAUGGAGGAGUGCACCAGCUCCUUGGGCGACUUGAUAGAACGAAGGCUCGACGAGCUCGGUGAGACUCCAUUUCCCGCCGAGACGAUUCUGAAAGUCUCCAUCGACACUGCUAAAGGGCUGUAUUACUUGCACAACGAGGCGCUUUUAUUACACUGCGAUAUCAAAUCGUACAAUAUACUCGUUAAAGGGGAUUUUGAGGUUUGUAAAUUGUGCGAUUUCGGGGUGUGUUUGCCUUUAACUGCGCUCGGUGAACUCGAUUCGAGUAAAGUUGACGAAGAAAUCGAAUAUGCAGGAACAAAUUGCUGGUCUGCUCCUGAAGUUUUAAGCAGCCAACAAGAAAUCACGACGAAGGCGGAUAUUUAUUCGUUUGGAUUAGUUAUAUGGGAAAUGAUUGCUUUGAAUGUACCGAAUGCUCCGUUUAAUGACAGUGAAAGUUUUAACGAUGAUUUGGAAAAUUCUAUAGACGAUAUAUUGGUGAAUUCAAAUAGGCAACGACCGGCUCUACCUGACGUCGAUUUGGGUCCGGAAUAUAACAUAAUAUUGGAAAUAUUCUUUUGCUGUACGAUUUUCGAGAAAAACAAACGACCCACCGCCGCUGAUUUAGUAGCCGUAUUGAGUGAAAUAUCGGAAAAGAAUUAA